AUGGAAAGGAGUAACUUGAGCUCUGGAGGAGACUUCAUUCUGCUGGGGUUCUCUGACGGGCCAAAGCAGGAGACCAUCCUGUUUUUCAUUAACACGGUUUUCUACCUUCUGGCGGUGGCGGGGAACUCGACCAUCAUCUUCCUCUCCCUGGUGGACCCCCGACUGCACUUGCCUAUGUACUUCUUCCUCUGCAAUCUGUCGCUCCUGGAUCUCUGCUACACGACUAGCAGUGUUCCUCAGAUGCUGGUUCACCUCUGGGGCCCCCGCAAGACCAUCACCUAUGUGGGUUGUGUCGUCCAACUCUUCGCUUUCCUGUCUGUGGGCGGCACGGAGUGCAUUCUCCUUUCAGUCAUGGCCUAUGACCGCUUCGUGGCUGUCUGCAAGCCCCUGCGCUACAUGGCCGUCAUGCACCCACGGCUGUGCCUGCAGCUGGCGGCCUUUGCCUGGCUCAGUGGGAUCGCCAACUCCGUGCUCAUGUCCCCACUGACGAUGUCCCUGGGGCGCUGUGGCCAACGCCGCAUCAACCACUUCGUGUGUGAGAUGCCAGCCCUCAUCCGCAUUUCCUGCAUGGACGCCAGCCGCGUGGAAGGCCUGGCUUUCUUCCUGGCCAUCCCCAUCGUGCUGGUGCCUCUCGCCAUGAUUCUUGUGUCCUACGGCUAUAUCGCGGCUGCGGUCGCGCGCAUCCGGUCGGCGGCCGGGAGGCGCAGCUUUAACACCUGCUCUUCGCACAUGGCCGUGGUGUCCCUCUUCUACAGCAGCAUAAUCUACAUGUACAUGCAGCCUGGGAACGUGGCCAGCCAGGACCAGGGCAAGUUCCUCACGCUCUUCUACUGUCUGGCGACCCCCACUCUGAAUCCUUUCAUCUACACGCUGAGAAACAAAGACGUUCAGGGGGCGGUGCGCAAGGUUCUCGGGAAAGACGGCGGCGUGUGCGGUGCGGGAGCGCGCUGA